AUGAACAAUCAGAGCACUAAUCAACUGAAAUACUUACAAAAGAUUGUCCUGAAAGCAUUAUGGAAGCACCAGUUUGCUUGGCCAUUUCAUCAGCCAGUCGACGACAAAAAGCUUAAUUUACCAGAUUAUUAUAAAAUUAUAAAACACCCGAUGGACAUGGGAACCAUAAAGAAAAGAUUGGAGUCAAACUUUUAUAAAUCAGCACAGGACUGCAUUAGAGAUUUUAAUCAAAUGUUCACAAACUGCUACACGUAUAACAAGCCAGGAGAGGACAUUGUGGUGAUGUGCCAGGCUCUGGAGAAGUUAUUCAUCAACAAGUUGGCCGGGAUGCCAAAAGAUGUUAGUGAACUUUUUUUUAAUUUUUUGAAAAAUUGCUCUUUAAAAACAAGCAAAAGGAAAGCAGAUACACCCUUUGUUGAUGGCAACAACAUCACAUGCAAAAUCCGCAAUGAUUUCAAUCCUGACGACUACAAAGGCACUGCCAUUGAGUAUUGUGAGGAAAUCUUAAAAGAACUUUUUUCGAAGAAGCAUGCUGGGUACGCCUGGCCCUUCUACCAGCCAGUUGAUGCUGAAUUGUUGGGCUUAGAAGAUUAUCACGAAGUUAUACUGAGGCCCAUGGAUCUGGGAACUGUACAUGAAAACUUCACCACCAUCAUUGCACUCCACUCACACACACACACACACUCACACAGACAAACACACACACACAGACAGACAAACAAACACACCCCACAUAUACACACUCACAUAAAACAGGAAGUCUUCGAGAUGAAGUAUGCAUUCACGCCAGAAGACGCUGAACCUGACGACCUUAACACCACAAUGAAUACCAACAACGACACCAAGUCGACGCCAGCUACAGCCAGCAACAAGAAGCAACCGAACGCCAAAUCAAAUGCCAAAUCUCAAGCAAGCAAGAGGGAGAAAGCUACGAACUCUGGCCCUGGAGCUGUGCCAUCCUCUGGUGGCAUUUGCAAUGUCUUCAUGUUCGACAGUGAAGACGAGGAUAAGAGCAAGCCAAUGACGUACGAUGAAAAGAGGCAGUUGAGUUUGGACAUCAACAAAUUGCCUGGUGAGAAACUAGGUAAAGUUGUCAAUAUCAUUCAGUCGAGAGAGCCGUCAUUAAAGGAUUCGAACCCGGAUGAGAUCGAGAUAGACUUCGAGACAUUGAAACCUUCAACGUUGAGAGAGCUGGAGGCCUAUGUCGCAUCCUGUCUGAGGAAGAAACCUCGUUCGUACUGCUGUGCUGCUAGUGGUGGUGGUGAUGAUGAGGACGGCGAUGAUGAUGAUGGUGGUGGUGGUGAUGGUGACGAUGGUGAUGUUGGUAGUGUUGAUGAUGUUGAUGUUGGUGGUGUUGAUGAUGGUGGUGGUAUUGAUGAUGAUUAUAGUGACGAUGAUGAUGAUGAUAGUGAUGACGACGAUGAUGAUGAUGAUAGUGAUGACGACGACGAUGAUGAAGCCGAUAAUUAUAUUAUUUAA